AUGAGUUUGAUCAGAUUCUUGAUGCCAAUGAAAGUCCUACUCAGAAUCCUCUUCGUUUUUUCUCUGUUCCUGUCAUUUCCACCCCCUUCUUCUUCUUCCUCAAGAACCUACACUAGUUUAACCAAGGGCUCAUCGAUUUCCCCUCAGGAUGUGUUGCUCUCAACCCCAAAUGGCAUCUUCACGGCCGGGUUUUUCAUGGUGGGUCAAAAUUCUUAUUGCUUUUCCAUUUGGUUCAGCGAGCAAUACGACGGAAACCACACGAUUGUUUGGAUGGCCAACCGUGACCAGCCGGUCAACGGGCUGCUCACAAAGCUCUCCCUCCAAAAUUCCGGCAAUCUCGAAUUGAUCGACGCCGGGCAGCUCACCGUUUGGACAAGCAAUACAGAGUCAACCAGCGAUGCCCAGUUGCAGCUCCUUGACAACGGAAAUCUCAUCCUCAACGGUACUUCAGAAGGUAAAAUUCUCUGGCAAAGUUUUGACUAUCCCACGAAUACUCUUCUUCCACAGCAGUUAUUCACGAGGAAUGGAUUGCUUGUUUCUUCCAGAAGUGAAACCAAUCAUUCCUCUGGUUUCUAUAAGAUGUAUUUUGGCAGUGAUAAUGUCCUGCAUCUUAGGUAUGAAGGUCCGGAUAUAACCAGUGUCUUCUGGCCCGACCCGUCGCUUGUCAUCUGGGAUGCAGGGAGGUUGACCUAUAACAGUAGUAAAAUAGCUGUAUUAGAUUCAACCGGCCAUUUUCUGUCUUCUGAUACGCUUCAAUUUAAUACAUCUGAUUAUGGGAUCGAAGUUCAGAGAAGAAUGGUCAUGGAUGUUGAUGGCAAUCUCCGGAUUUACAGUCUUGACAGGGCAAAUCGGAGGUGGGUUGUGACGUGGCAGCAGAGUUCUGAACCUUGCAAGAUCAAUGGCGUUUGCGGUGCAAACAGUAUAUGUACAUAUGAUCGAGUGGAAGGAAGGAAAUGCAGUUGUAUCCCUGGGUACAAGAUGAAGAAUGUGGAAGAUUGGUCAUCUGGUUGUGAGCCAGAGUUCAAGAUCUCUUGCAAUGAUAACAGGUCAUCAGGUUUUGCUGAACUUUUUCAUGUUGAAUAUCCUGGUUAUGAUCUUGGCUCUUAUUCUAAUUAUACCUUUGAGGGAUGUAAGAGUUUGUGCUUGAGUUUUUGUGAAUGCAAAGGGUUUCAAUACAAAUUUGAUUUGGUAAAUGGCUACUAUAGUUGCUUCCCAAAGAUUGUUUUGUUGAAUGGAUAUCGCUCUGAAGAAUUCCCUGAUCCCAUGUAUAUAAGAGUUCCGGUAGUUAAUCUAACCUCGUUUCAAAUGCCUGACCAAGUUUUCAAAUUGCAGUGCUCAGAUGAAGUCACCCAAUUAGAUAGAUCAUAUGAGAAAAAGGAGCAGGACUGGAUUAAGUCCUAUUUUUGGUGCACUUUAGCUGUCGGAGCUUUUGAAGUCAUUUGCUUUCUUACGUAUUUUAUCAAAACUCGAAGAGGGUCGAGUUCAAAAAUACAAGGCUACCUUCAGGAAGCUGAUGGUACAUCAUCACCAACACCAAUCACUGAAAUUGUGGAUCCUGCAAUGAAUGGAGAUUUCGACAUUGGGAAGAUGGAAGUUUUGCUUAGAGUGGCAUUGCAAUGUGCAGAGGAGGACAUUGAUUCAAGACCUACAAUGAAGCAAGUGGUUGACAUUUUACUUCAACAAAAUUAG